CCCAGACAACACAAGGCGCCUUUGCCCGUGUUGAGGGGGAGAGGGGACUCUUUUCAGCAAUAUUCUUCUUUACUCAGUCCUCUGUUGGGGCGAUAUCAGCCGCGUUUGUGACUACUGUCGUUAGAGUUUUUGUUUCAUGGCAUUUUAAAGUGACACUUUGGGUUUCUUGUCUGGUUUGGCUCUCGCAGGGAGGUGGAAACUAUUCGCGCCGCGGUUAACACGGCUUCAGCUGGUCGAGCUUGUUAGCUGUAGCCUAUUUUAGCCAGCAGCUACCAGUAGAUUUGCGGUUUAUAUCCGAGGCUGCCCUGCCAGGUAGGUCAUCUGAGGCUCGAGGCGCCGGUCAGCCACAAUGAUUUGGUCAUUUCAACAAAAUCUGAGUGUUGACAUAGGGAAAUAAUCCAUCUGAUUUACGCACAAAUAAACGCAACCUUUUGUCUGACUUGUGCGCAGCAGCCCGGCUGGUUUGGCCUGUUUCAUUGUCUCCGAACAUCGAAAACAUACAAGUUGUUUUUUUCCCCCCACACACUGUCACUGGGUUGUUAGGGCUAACUUAGUAGUCAGCUGUCGACUCCAGGUAAUCUUGAAAGCUACUUUGUUCCAUUAUGGCGCAACACGACCACUCUCAUGUAGCCAGUUCACAAAAAGCACUCAUGUUGGAGAUGAAGAGCCUUCAGGAGCAGCCUGUCGAGGGAUUCAAGAUAACACUGGUGGACGAGGCUGAUAUGUACAACUGGGAAGUGGCCAUUUUCGGACCCCCAAACACUCACUAUGAAGGGGGCUAUUUUAAGGCUCGGAUCAAGUUCCCUAUAGACUACCCAUACUCCCCACCUGCCUUCCGGUUCCUCACCAAGAUGUGGCACCCCAAUAUCUAUGAGAAUGGAGAUGUGUGUAUUUCUAUAUUGCACCCUCCGGUGGACGACCCGCAGAGCGGAGAGCUGCCAUCAGAGAGAUGGAAUCCCACCCAGAAUGUCCGGACCAUUUUGCUGAGUGUGAUCUCGCUGCUGAAUGAACCCAACACCUUCUCUCCUGCCAAUGUGGAUGCCUCCGUUAUGUACCGCAAAUGGAGGGACAGCAAGGGCAAGGACCGUGAAUAUGUAGAGAUCAUCAGGAAACAGGUUUUGGCCACCAAGGCGGAAGCUGAACGCGACGGCGUGAAGGUGCCCACCACGCUGGCCGAGUACUGUGUCCGCACACGUGCCCCAGCCCCCGACGAAGGCUCCGACCUCUUUUAUGACUACUACUAUGACGACGAAGAUGUGGAGGACGAGGACGGCGACUGCUGCUACGACGAGGAUGAUUCAGGCAACGAGGAAUCUUGACGUGUUUUUUCGACAUCGUCCCCAAUCUAGCUGACAUACGCUACCCCCUUUUUUCUGUCUGGGUUGCCAGAAAUUCUCGGUUCAACAACCAGGAAAGAUUUGAAGCUUCCCACUUCUAAACAAAUGAAAAGAGAUGUUUUUUCCUGAGCCUCUGAGGCAAAUAUCGAUGCACCGUUGUGAAAGGGUCAGACCUGGUAAGAUUUGCACCAGCACAAGUCACCAGUUUAUUCAGUUUUUUUCUUCAACAGUUUUCAUUAUCACCCAAAACCUUACUUUGAGUGAAUAGCUUAAACUAUUACUUAAUUCUACUGAGUUGUUCAGUCCCCUGUACAGUAUAUGGUAUUGUGGGGUUAAUACCACUGUUAACAAAAGCAACAUUUGCACCAGUGCAAACACUUCCAAACUUUGCUCAGCCUCUCUCUUGCAUAUCUUUAUUUCUGUAAGUGUAACUGGGUGUUGCCCACCAGUAGUUGGUCCCAGUGACUGACUGAAGAUUGAGGACUUCAAGCAGCCUGUUUGCGUGCAAAUGCGUUGAAUCAGACAUUUCCAAGUUUCACAGCCUGUUUUGCUUCAAGAGGACGGGAUGUCACGGGACGAUGAUUUCAAAGUUCUUGUGCAUGCCAGAACAUCAUCUGAAGCUUUUUGUCUCUCUCUUUGCUGGUGGACUGUUUACCUACAUCAUGAUUUGUUUCCAGCUCACUGAUAAGAAAGACUUGUGUUGAUGGAGUUUUCCAGAGAACUUUGCAUCUGGAGAACCGGCUGGCAAGCUGAGUCAGUGGGUACACGUGUGGACAUUUUUGGCAACAUGAAAUUGAUCUUUGCUGUGUUUCUUCUGGUUACUGUUGGAUGUGUUUCUCUGUCAUUUUGAGUGUGGGGUUAUGUUAUUUGAAGUAGCUCAGAUUUAAGAGUCAUGUAGGAUGACCAAGUUUUUCGGUGAGGGGUGGGCGGGGCAGAACUAAUUAAAGAUCAGAUUUGUAUCUCUCCACAGGUUUUCUCUUUGAGAGGAACCAAAGAUCUAAAAUGGUGUAAAAGAAAGCCCAAAAUAUUUUUACUGUUUGUUGUAUUCUUGUCUUUGUUUGCUCCCUUGCGAGCGUUGUUAUUUUAGUCCCUUUCUUUGGUUAGACAUUAUGCCUGCAAUCUUUGCUUGAGAAUGAUUUAUGUGAUGAUAUUAUUAGGUUUGAUUGGCAAAAAAAGCUUCCGUAGGACACGUGUCUGUCAAAAGGUGUUGUUGCAGUAUCAGUCAGGAUUUUCAUUUUCAGGAGAAGGCCGCCGUUUUCUUUUCAUUUCAAUUCUUUUACUGUCAGCGGAGUGUGGACGGAUUUUGAUAUAAUUUCUAGAGUGCAUGGGUGUCCUCUUUGUGUAUUUUUGCAUCAGCAAUAUUGAUUGUUUCAUUUACUCAAAUUGGCACUUCAUACUGAAUUUCUCAGGAUAACGAAUUACAUAUGACAAAAACAAUUAAGACAAGCAACUAUUUUCCUCUUUUAGGUGUUCUUCAGAGUUGGUUUACAGCUUUAACAGGAACCAUAACUGAUAUGCACAUGUAGCUGUAUGGAUGAUCACCUUAUUGUUCUAUUCACCUGUCAUUAUUUUUAUUUUCGGCUAUUUAAAACUGAAAAAUAAAGAUUUAUUGGGAAAAAACA